AUGUCUACGAUAACCAAUAAGCCCGAGGCGUCUCAUCACGGAGAUCUCGAAGAUCAAUGCUCAAGUAUUUCAGAUCAGCAAGACGUCAAGUUUGACAGAGGCAUGCCCGACUGGAAAUGGUAUCUGGUCUGCGUUGGCAUCUACACUGGCGCUCUUUUAUACGGUACAAGAUCAAGCAUCUUCCGCCAUGCCUUUGUACAUUCGCUGACAAUUCCUUUCAANGGUCUCGAUACGACCAUCGCGGCAGAUGUCCAAGGACCAAUUCUCGAAGCAUUCGGUGACAUCGAAAAGCUUUCCUGGGUCGGCAUUGGCUUCCCUAUGGCAUCCGUAUCAAUCGUUCUGCUGAUUGGAGCCCUCUACGCGCUAUUCGAGAUCAAGUGGAUGUUUAUCGGCAGUCUCUUGCUAUUCGAGAUUGGCUCUGCUCUCUGUGGAGCUGCUCCCAGUAUGAACGCCCUGAUCGUUGGUAGGGUCAUAGCUGGUAUGGGUGGAGCUGGUAUGUACCUAGGGUAA